GAAAAUGAUGGGUGCCCUUGGCAUCUGCUGUGCCUGGCAGCAGCCUGCCCCUGCCCUGCUGAGGUGUACCUGAUUGUGUGAAUAUGUAAGAUAAAUGUGAGAGAUGCUUGUUACAUUUCAUACAUGUAAAUAAGUAAAAAUGCAGAGAAGCAAUUUUGCAAUUUUGCCCUGAUGUGUUGUUGUAUCCACAGACAGCAGUACAGAAUCAGUGAGUGAAAGAGAACCAUUGCCAAGAGGAAGUUCUGUUUCCUGUGCCCAGCUCAAAGUUCAGUGCUGGGGCUUUGUCUUUUAGGCUUUGUCUUUUAGGCAUCCAGGAUUUUGUUUCCAGCUCUGGAUCUAGAACAGUGUCACACAGCAGGGAGCAAGAAACCAGUUACUGUCCUGCAAGGCCAGCACCAAAGCCUAAGGAGAAACCAAGGGCCGCUGAACACAGAACUGCUGCUGAGAAUAAUGCGCAGGUUGUUAGAAUGUGUCUGCAGGCAGCAGAAAGAAGGUGCCUGUGCUCAAGUAAUGUAGCCUUUGUCUUUGCACAGAAAGCUCCCACGUGGCUCGGGGCCUUGGCACGAGCUGGUUAUUGAAGUGCAGAUUUAGGGUGGGUUCACGAGCCAGCCGUGCUCAGCCUGGGGGCUGUUGGCUCCUGCUGCGAGAUGGUUCCUAUUGUUAUCCCUCCUAGAGAAACGGGAGUCAGGGAGGGCUGACACCUUCACAAUGUUGUUCAGGCCUGAUUCAGGGAGAAUCGUAGCUGCUUAAUUUUUUGUCCUCCAAACUGAGCCUGGAUGACUCAUCUGUUUUGAGACGGCACCCACCCACAAAAGGUGGGUUUGAGCCUCGUGCCUCUUCAUUCAGUUCCUAAGCGUGUCAGAAUCAUCAGCGCGUGUCUGAGCCCCAUUAAUGACUUAGAAAAUGCUCUCUACUAUGAAAGCAACUCGCUGCCAUCUCCCCUACCCCGCCGUGCUCUGGAAGGCGCUGUGCACGCCGUGGGUGCUCGGUUUGAGGGCUCCCGGGGCAGGGCGGGGUGUGAGGCGGCCCCCGAGCCCCUCCUGGGCGGGCAAAGAGCGCCGGCGGCCCCGCACCUGAGCCCGCAGCACGAGGAGCGGGAUCCGGACCCCGGCAGGGCUGCAGCCCGUCCCUGCUCCUCCACUUCGCAGGUAUUCAACAGCUCUUCCCGCUCCUGUGCGCGGGGAUAGAGCUAGCCCAAGGGUGGGGUGUCCCCAAGGGCACCGUGCCGGUCCGCUUUGCCCAGGAGAACGGGUGAAAACCAGCCCCGGCCAUUGCUCACACUGAAGUAAGUGCGUCCUCCCCGGCCUGACAAAGCGCCGUUUUGGAGAAAAACGAAUUAGUUUUACCUGAAUUUCACCGAACUACUCUGUUCGGGUAGUUUUAACCUCUAAGCUGUGGGUGUAAAGCUUAGAGUCAGUCUGUUGAGUUUUGGAGCAAGUUUAAUGUGUCUUUCUGAACUCAGUUGUUUCAACUGCAAACCUGGUGUGGCUUUAGCUUUUCAGGGCUGCUUUAGGCUUAGUUUUAUUUAAAGCAUUUUAAGGUCCUCGGGCUGCUUUUAAGAGCACAGUGAAUUUCUUUCCUUAAAAAAAAAAAAAAAAGGCAUACCAUAGAAGCUAAAAAUAGGAGAUAAUAGUUUUUAUCUAACCACAACUUUGUGCAUUUCAUGGAAAAAGCUUCCAACAGGACAUGAGGAUGAAGCGGUUCAUGGCCAUGUUAAACAAGAAUAAAAACAAGGAUCCCCCACCCUCCAAGCUGCUGGAUCUAGCAGGAAAGCUCUGCCGGGACCUCCAGAGCUCGUCCCCUAGUCUGGAGAAGCUGGUUGGGGCCGUGAUGGGAUGCAAACACAAGAUGUAUUUUCUCACUAACAUCCACAUUGUCCGGGCUUGCGUGUCUGUUCAUAUCCGUAAUGGGCAGCACGACAGAGCCUGCAGCCUCCUGGAGCGCUGCAAGGCAGAAGAGAAGGAAGAACUGGUGCAACUUUGGCACGAGGUUCACUAUCAGAGGGUUAUGGAGAGACAGCACAAGGAUUUUCUGACACCGGUGCAGAGAUUCCGUUGCAGGAAGAGGAAUCCUCCACCUAUUUCCCUUUGUCCUGAAGGUUUGAAGACUAGAAACUAUCCAGAAGAAGUCCGGCAGCACCUGCACAGGUUUGCUGUAGAGGUGACAGCAAACCCAGACAAGAAACAGCGGGAGGGACUGGCUCGGGACAUGAACCUGCAGCCAGUUCAGGUCUAUAAUUGGUUUGCCAAUUACCGACGACGUCGAAAACCCUGCGUCCUUCCCACGGAAACGCUCCACAGCUCCUGUCCUGAGAGGGCUUGGACUUCCCACACAGAGGAGGAGCAGUCUAAAGGACCCUACACUCCACAAACUGCAGGUGGAUCUCAUGCAGGCACUGGCUCUGAGCAAAUGGAGAUAACCCUCGUGCCCUGUGAGCCAAGGUGGGAGCAGUCAGCUGCAGAUCUGGAUAAGCCUCCCGGAGGAACGUAUUUGGAGAUGCUGGAAUCCAGCUUUCUGCAGAGCCCUGAGCUGCUUGAGGCAGGAACAAGCACGGCUUUGUUCUCCAUUCCCAGCACUGAACAACCUGCCCCUUUCUGCAGCGAGGCUGUGCUGGAACCAGGGCCCUGCUUUAGGCCUGCUGUGCUGCAGCCCAGAGCAGCAGUGAGCAGUGCUGGGGCCAACCCCCAGCUGGGGAGCUUGGUCCUGUGCUCUUGCAGGCCCCUUCCCGUCCUGGAUGAAGGCCUGGCCGUGUGGCAGGGCCCUUGCAGCACCACAGGAGUCUCUGACUCUGUGUGGACCCCAGGUACAGAAGUUCCUGUCAGACUGUGUUUGGCAAGCCCCAGUGCCCACCUGUUUCUGCACCCUGCAUGGAAGAAAGCCAAGCCUUGGGACAAAGCCAGGUCCUGCAGGAUCCAGUUGGUGACCCAUUAAGCAGCGACACGUUCUGGGCAGCGUGCCUGCUCUUUGAAUUCUCUGCCAGCGGACAGAUGUGACCUGCCUGCAGAGACACUCCGGCUGGGAAGAGACACUUCCCCAGGAAUCACCCCAUCGCUGCCUAUUUUUUCCUCUUGUGUUUUUUUAUAAAUGAACGAGGAGUGUGACAAGGGGAUGAAUAAGAGUGAGGGUGAGGGAUGAAGGCGUUUUCAAAUGGUUACAAAGUUUGGUUUACUUACAGUUUUAUUAAGAAUUUUGCAAAGAGUAGAAGAAACAUUGUGGACUGCAGGUUUUUAGUGGAGCAGUCUGAAGCUGUAGUGUAGAAGCUAAAAUUACCAAGGCACUGAUUCCAUGGCAGUUCCAUGCAUUACCCAUAGCACUGGUCAGAUCCGAGUACUUCAUUGCAUCAUGAAGGUAAAUGAAGCUCCUAUACUUCAAAGGAGUAAAAUUUAAUUAUAUUGCCUUACAGUAGAUAUUGGAUAACUUUUUCUCAGGUCUGGAAAACAAGGUCUCAGCUCAGUGCUGGUAAAAUACUGCUGUUUCUUGUCCCUGCGUUCCUGUUGAAUGCAGGGUGUAACUUCUGGAGGGUUCCAUGUUCUGUAGUGUCACAGAGGACACAAACUGGAGCACGGUAGAAUUUUCGGUGCUAAAGAUCUGGCAGGACUGGGGGAGGGCAUACCAUGGUUUUGGUGUUAAACACCAAGAAGUAGCAAGGUAAGCCCUUGGUGCAGGGUAAAGCUAAUCCUGCAAGUCAUAGGGAGUGGUCUUUUGGGUAUUUUCCCUAUUUUCCCUUUUGGGUGUUUUUUGCAGUGUUACUAAGGGGGUUUAAAUCUGUAUUGGAGAAGGGGUCAUCUUUGCCAAACCUCCAGCCCGGAGAUGCAUGGAGGAGAUGCUUCCCUUACCUUUUGUUACAAAGUUAGCAAAUAAAAGUUGUCAAUUACUGUUUC